UCCCCCAGCUCCCCGCCUCCUCUUCUCUUUGUCUCUCUAGAUAUAAACUUUUCAUUGCCAAAGCAAUUUGACAAAAUGGAAAGUAUAGACAAGGAAAGAACAACAACAGGAUGGGCAGCAACAGACCCAUCUGGGGUUCUCGCACCCUACACCUACACCCUCAGGAACACAGGCCCUGAAGAUGUUUUCAUCAAGGUGAUUUGCUGUGGAAUCUGCCACACUGAUAUUCAUCAGAUCAAAAAUGAUCUUGGCAUGUCCAAUUACCCCAUGGUUCCUGGGCAUGAAGUGGUGGGUGAAGUGGUGGAGGUGGGAUCCAGUGUGGCCAAGUUCCGAGUAGGCGAUACAGUGGGAGUUGGAUGCAUCGUUGGAUGCUGCAGAAAUUGUAAGCCAUGCAACGCAGAUGUAGAGCAGUACUGCAACAAGAAGAUAUGGUCCUACAAUGAUGUCUACACUGAUGGCAAACCCACCCAAGGUGGAUUUGCUGGUUCCAUGGUCGUUGAUCAAAAGUUUGUGGUGAAAAUUCCAGAGGGUAUGGCGGUGGAACAGGCGGCGCCGCUACUGUGCGCGGGGGUGACAGUGUACAGCCCACUGAAGCACUUUGGGCUGAAAGAGAGUGGGAUGAGAGGAGGCAUAUUGGGGCUUGGAGGGGUUGGACACAUGGGGGUGAAGAUAGCAAAAGCCAUGGGGCAUCACGUGACUGUCAUUAGUUCUUCCGACAAGAAGAGAGUGGAGGCUUUGGAGCACCUUGGUGCGGACGAUUACCUGGUCAGCUCGGACGUCACUCGGGUGCAAGAACUGGCUGACUCGCUCGAUUACAUCAUUGACACAGUGCCCGUCUUCCACCCUCUCGAGCCCUACCUCUCUUUGUUGAAACUUGACGGAAAGUUAAUUUUGACGGGUGUUAUUAACACCCCUCUUCAAUUUCUCACCCCUGUUGUCAUUCUUGGGAGGAAGACAGUAACAGGGAGCUUCAUAGGAAGCAUGACGGAGACAGAGGAGAUGCUUGAAUUUUGCAGAGCGAAAGAGCUCACUUCCAUGAUCGAAGUGGUGAAGAUGGAUUACAUCAACACUGCCUUUGAGCGCUUGGAGAAGAACGAUGUCCGUUACAGAUUCGUCGUCGAUGUCAUCGGCAGCAAACUCGAUCAGUGAAACCUUUCCCAUUCAUAUUAAACUCCAAAAACAUUUGAUUGAUAUUUGUUUUGAGUGUGUCUGUUCCUUGCAAUUUGUUUUGGGGACUGAAAGAGUCAUGUGUUCUUUUCUUUUCUUUGUUAAUAAGCCAUUGAAGUGGUGGUGUGAGUUUAUGUAAUUUCCUAUUUAACGUCAUUCAUGCUUUGUUUUGUGUUGCUUGUAAUCCAUGUUUUUAUCAAUGAUAAAAAUAUCCCCCCAAAAAAAAAAUGUCGUGUGAUUCAAA